UUUUAUUCAUUAUCCUUUUUACACUUUAAAUGGCAACAGCUCUGAAGAUAUCAUUUGUUAAUACAGUGAAAAAGCAAAUAAACCGACAUUUUUGCAUAUUAUGUUUUGUAAUCUAGAGUUAGCGUUAAGCAUAUUGUGUGAACACGGCCAAUACUGUGUGAAGUCUAUCACAAGCAGAAUGCUUAACCCUUUCCUGGCAAACCAAAGUCGUUCCCAAAUUCUUUUCAGGAAAACGGGCGGCAGGCAAGAGCUUUUGGUCUCAACCUUCUUGACAGAGAAAAAGGCGGUUAACAUUUCUCCGAAGUAGGCGAACCACAACUCACACACCAUCAGCAAAGUGAGUAGCGUGAGUGCUUAAUAAAAUCUAUUUAGAUAUUCAAUCUGUUUUUCUCCCCAAAUCACGACCUUCUCAGCCCGCCGUUGGUUUGGUUUUCCUCCACACACAAACAGCCCACAUGCACAGGCUACUGCUCGCAAGAGGCCUCGGGCUUGUGCGGAGGCGUCUAGGUUUUCUCGCUUCCAACCCGCCCGUUCACCUGAGAAGCUCGGAAGCGUUCCUCUGAAUAAAUCUACCGACCGGAGCUUGCGGUCGUCACGUGUCUUCCCGGCAAAUGGGCGUGCAAGCCAGCUGUCUACUCCCACGUUAGAUUUUGCUAGUGACGGCAGCGGAGGCACACGUGCGAGAUCGCUGCGCUUCCCGGUCGCCGUCCAGGAAGAAGCAUGGCUCGAGACUCGAGAAUCGGAGCCGCCGGGGACCUGCUGGCUGCAGCCCACGCGCAGUUCGAAGGACGGCAGCACGCGAGAGCGGAAGAGCUCUACAGCCAGUACAUCAAUCACUGCGCAUGCUCCGGCAUGAGCAAACAUCUUUGCUGUGAUCUGGCAACAGCACUUAACAACAGAGGACAAAUUAAGUAUUUGAGAGUUGAAUUCUAUGAAGCUAUGGAUGAUUAUACAUCAGCUAUAGAAGCUCAGCCGGAUUUUGAAAUUCCUUAUUAUAACAGAGGAUUAAUACUAUAUAGGCUAGGAUUCUUUGAUGAGGCCUUGAAGGAUUUCAGGAAGGUGUUAGAGUUAAAUCCUAAAUUUGAAGAUGCUUCUUUGAGUUUAAGGCAGACUCUCCUCGACAAAGAAGACAGGUUAAGAAGAGGUUAUUAAAGUCCUGUGAUAGAAGAAACAGGUUUUGAGAUUGGAAUGUUUGGCAAAUAAAGAUGUAAAUUUCCUGGGGUGGGGUGUUCUUUGUCAGUUUUGAAUAGAUUGCUUUCUAUGUGAUGUCAUCCCUAAUAUAUCAAACAACAGGCAUGACUACUUACAGCACUUGUAUUAAAACUGUCCCCAAAUGGUUGAUUUUCAUUAUAUUAAGAUUUUAUUCUGUAAACUAGUUUGGCCUCUAAGUAUACCUGGUAAGGUAUAUAAAACAAAUUUGCUUGAUAACUAGUUACUUCCUAAAUAGAAUAAUAUUACACUGCGUUAAUAAGCAAUAUCAGAGACAUGAAUUAGUGCAGAACUUCUACAUGUUAACAUUGGUGAUUCUCCAUAAUGUCUAGUAGUUUCAAAUUGGUUUCAAAAUAAUCUUAUUUUUAUAAGCAAUUACAUUUGUUAUGCAAUAUGUGAAAUUUUGGUUACUUCUACUUUCAUAGAAUUAUAGACUGGUAUUCUCAUAACUGAAAUGAUGGAUUAUGUAACAGGCUAACUGGGUUACCCUAGACAAAUAAGUAUUUUAACACCCAGCAAGUUUUUACACACCCAAAUCUAAUUAUUAGAUUUUACCAUAUGUGUGCAAUGAAAUAUAUCUAUUUAUGUAAUCUCAAUAGUUCAAUGAAAAAUUAUACUUUUUUUGAAAGCUAAAUGUACUCUUGAAAACCUUUUAGUAGCAGAUUUUAAAACUCAAAUAUGCCAACUCAAAAAUUUGAAUCUUCUGUUUUUAAUUCAUGGAACUUUUAUUAUUAGGAAGUUAGCAUGAAACAUAUUUUAAUAAUCCCAAGUAAAGCUGGCCAUGAUAAGUAGAAUGGUGUGGUUACAUCUGUAAGAAAAAAAGAAAAUACAGUUAGUUCAUUAUAAAUGCUAAUGCUUGUAAGGUAAAUAAAUGAAUGUACCACA